AUGUGCCAUCGUUGGGAGUUUGAAGCGCUACCCGUUUUUGUACAUCAGGAUGCGUCCAUACAUGAGCUUCCUGCUGUUGCUAAGAACAUGGGUCUGAGCGAGGGAAUGACGUGGGACGAUGUUCGCGAAGAGUUGCAGCGUCUGCCGAGGCAGGACAAUUCAUAUUCGUACAAAUUGGUGUAUUUGGCACGACAUGGACAAGGAUAUCAUAACCUGGCGGAACUAAAAUACGGGAAACAAGCUUGGGAAGAUGUGUGGGCCAAGAAAAACGGAGACGAUACAUAUGAAUGGGGUCCUGAUCCCUUGCUCACACCUCUAGGUAUGAAACAAGCACAACAUGUGCACGACACCUGGACCUCUUUCUUACAAUUGCCGGCUUCUUUGCACCCACCGCUACCUGAACUUGUUUGUUCCAGUCCUCUUCGACGAAGUCUGUCGACUUUAUGUAUUUCUUGGCAGGGCAUUUUGGCGCAUGAAACCAAGGUGCACGUUCGUGAGCAUCUUCGCGAAGUCAUUGGCAAAAACACAUGCGACCAGCGCGUCACUCGAACCGAUCUUGAGCGGCAUAUGCAAUUUCAUCCUUUCCGUAUUGCUAUACAUGGGGAUUUUACGGAACAUGAUUCGUUAUGGACACCUCGACGAGAGACAGAUGACGCUAUGCGGCAGCGAGUUCACGGUGUACUGGAAGAGAUCUGGGAGAAUGAAGCCAAAGACAAGCAAGUAAUAAGCAUCACAUGUCACAGCGGUGUGAUCCAGCGCAUCUUUGAAAUUACGUCACACAUCCCAAGGCCGUUACCGGUGGGUGCCAUACUUCCCAUGAUGAUCCGUGCGAGGAAAAAAGAUAUUAUAUGUCCCAACACAACCGAGCUCGAAUGCGAGCAUAUGAAACCAAGUUCAUCCAGGCAGGAUACUGGGUGCGCGCCCACAAGCUAA